ACCCUGCGCCUGCUCCGUGAGGAAACCGAGGCGCAUAUAUUGACCGCCUCUAAGCUAGCUUGCGUUGAGAGGUGUUUGUGCACUGGUCGGCUGUAGCGGCGGUAGCUUAGCACAGCAUCCGGUUAGUUAGCCUGUGACACACGGGACUAAAGAUACUAUGACAGUGUGCAUGUGGCAGUAAUAUCGUGUGCCUCUGUCGACUAGCGAUAUAGUGGAAAGUUUAAAUUUCGCAAAGGAAAGAAAAAUAAUGCUAUAACGGUGCUAUACCGGCGCGUAUGUUUUAGCCUACUAAUGCUAGUUAGCAGUGUGGCUAACAGCAGCACAGGACCGGCUUGUCAGCAGACAGACAGACCUCGUCGAAGUGUAGAUUUUUGUACAUUUGAAGCAAUGGAUUGUGACUCAGGAGCAGCCUCUGAGCGAAUUCUGUUGGAGCCAUACAAGUACUUGUUGCAACUGCCAGGAAAGCAAGUGAGGACAAAACUGGCCCAAGCAUUCAACCACUGGCUCAAUGUUCCAGAGGACAAACUGCAGGUGAUCAUCCAGGUGACGGAGAUGCUGCACAAUGCUAGCCUGCUCAUAGAUGACAUAGAGGACAGCUCCAAGCUGCGGCGUGGCUUCCCCGUGGCCCACAGCAUCUACGGUAUUCCCUCCGUCAUCAACUCAGCCAACUACGUCUACUUCCUGGGAUUGGAGAAGGUGCUAACCCUGGAGCAUCCCGAGGCCGUCCAAAUUUUUACCCAGCAACUGCUGGAGCUGCACCGUGGCCAGGGCCUGGACAUCCACUGGAGGGACACCUACACUUGUCCCACUGAGCAGGAAUAUCGCAACAUGGUGCUGCAGAAAACUGGGGGGCUCUUUGGUUUGGCUGUGGGCCUGAUGCAGCUCUUCUCAGAUUGGAAACAAGACCUGAAACCGCUACUGGACACACUGGGUCUCUUCUUCCAGAUCCGCGAUGACUACGCCAACCUGAGCUCCCACAAGUACAGCGAGAACAAAAGCUUCUGCGAGGACCUCACAGAGGGCAAGUUCUCUUUUCCCAUCAUUCAUGCCAUAUGGUCGCGUCCAGAGAGCACCCAAGUGCAGAACAUCCUGAGGCAGCGCACGGAGAACAUGGACAUCAAAAGGUACUGCGUGGACUACCUGGAGAAGAUCGGCUCGUUUGCCUACACCCGUCAAACUCUGCGUGACCUGGAGGUGGAGGCGUACAGUUUCAUCGAGCAGUGUGGGGGGAACCCUCAACUGGAGAGCCUGAUCAAACACCUCAGCAAAAUGCAUCACAAGGCUGAAGCAACGGCAGAGUCCAAUCCUGAGCCGCACUCCAGCCAAAACCACUGACCUCAACCAGCUGUCACUGCUGCAUUACCAAUAUAACAACCCUGCACACUCCACAAACACACGAGCUUCACUGAUAACACUGAUGCAGACAUACACAGUCCUAAGAAAGCACAACACACAUGCAAUUUUACGAGUCACAAUCAUAAGUUGAACACAUGAAUUCUGGUAGACAGCUUUGACUGCAUUCAGAAGCAGUCCCAAAUGUUGCCUUUAUCUUCUGUGCUAGAUAGAAUCCUCCAAGUGUUGCUUAACAAAGUACUCAUCACCAAUUUUUAUAUCUAUGUGUAUCACGCCAUCAAUGGAAUCAAAUGGAUGAAUCAAAAUACAAAAGAAUUUCCAACAGACUUAAGUUUCCUUCUCAUGACAAUGAAAAAAGCUUGACAUGAGCACUUGAUGAGCGAUACAGUGCAUAUAAAUGUAUUUUCUUAUGUUUUGCCACCAAAUUGAAACUUGUGUAUGUAGCGCAGAGUGAAUGCUGGGUGUGUUAUUUAAAAUAAGAUUGGAUUGAUUGUGUUGAGUGUAUGAUGUGUGAUUUGUGGAUACUUAAUCCUGAAGCCGCCAGAGUGCCAAUCCUGUGGAAAACACCUGCAACUUGUUAUGUAACAUGCUGGUAUCAUAUUCAAAGCAGCACUCAAGUUGUUUUUGCUCAGCUGUUUAUGAAUAUUGUGUCGAUGCUUUGGUUUAUUGUUCAGAUUCAGCGCAGCUCUUCACAUCUCCAAUCUUUUGAACGGGGACUUUGUGCUGUUGUUCUUUGCAUCUAUUGAAUAAAACCAACAUUGAAGAAUAA